AUGUGGAACGAGACCCAGAGCCUGGCGAACGAGUCCAACUUCAGCCUGGACUACACGGACGAGUCUUUCAACAGCUCCUGGGUGAACCAGCUGCCCCCCUUCCCUGGAUCUCUGCUCACCGGGGUGACGGUCACCUGCAUCGCUCUCUUUUUCAUUGGCAUCUCGGGCAACCUCAUGACUAUGCUGGUGGUGUCUCGAUUCCGGGACAUGAGGACCACCACCAACCUCUACCUGUCCAGCAUGGCGCUGUCCGACCUGCUGAUCUUCCUCUGCAUGCCCCUGGACCUCUUUCGCCUCUGGCAGUACCGGCCCUGGAACUUCGGGGACUUUCUCUGCAAACUCUUUCAGUUCAUCAGCGAGAGCUGUACCUACUCCACCAUCCUCAACAUCACUGCACUCAGCAUCGAGAGGUACUUCGCCAUCUGCUUUCCCCUCCGGGCCAAGGUUGUCAUCACCAAGGGCAAGGUGAAGCUGGUCAUCCUGGUCAUCUGGGCCGUGUCCUUCUUCAGCGCUGGCCCCAUCUUCGUCCUAGUGGGAGUGGAGCACGAAAAUGGUACCAACCCCAUGGACACCAACGAAUGCAGGCCCACCGAGUUUGCCAUCCAGUCGGGACUACUUACUAUCAUGGUCUGGAUCUCCAGCAUAUUCUUCUUUCUGCCUGUAUUUUGCCUGACUGUGCUUUACAGCCUCAUUGGGAGAAAACUGUGGAGAAGGAAGAGAGAGGACAUGGGACUGAGUGCUUCUCUCCGGGAUAACAACCACAAACAA